AUGUCGUCCAACUCGUCCACCGCCUCGAUCGAGGGCCCGCAGGGUCUCUCGUUCUUCACCAAGACCUGGACUCCUCCGCAGGGAACGGCCACCGUCGCCACUGUUUGCUUCGUUCACGGGUUGAGUUUCUGGGCUCUGCAACACAGUCCUUCGAGCAUCGUGACUGACUUCGACGUGUCCAUCUCCCACGCUAGCUUCGUCGAACAUCUACGCCGCUACGAUCACGUGUUUGAUCGGUUCGCUCAGCAAGGCCUUGCCGUCUUUGCCUAUGAUCAGCGUGGUCAGUCUUUGUUCACGGGGAAAGGGAGGAAUGAGUCACCAUAGUUACUGACACUGCACUAUAUAUCCCCAACCUGCGAUCCCCGCCUCGUCUGGUCCCAUCUCGUCUCUCCCCCGUGCUCCAAUUGCGCGCUCUCGGUGCUCGGCUUUCUUGACCACGGACGUUUCUGGUGUCCGGCCUCGGCUCGCCCCAUCUCCUCAAUCUCUGUGGACGGAUUGCGGACCAUCUCCACCACGUAUUGCUUUCAUCACAUCAACUCGUCGUGUUCAACUUUGUUUGCAUAUCACGUACUUCGUCUGCACCUCGCCACGUCACCGUUAUGACUGGACCUCAACGCCUUGCCCCUGACGUCGACCGACCGUUGGCCCCGCGAUGAUAGGCUUCGGACAAACGGCCGUGGAUCUCGGAGGCAACAACCAAGGUGUGACCUCGUGGCCGCAGCAACUCGCCGACCUCGCCUUCUUCGUCGACCAUGCUUCCAAGCUCAACCCCGAUAAACCGCUUUUCUUGUAUGGUCACUCCAUGGGUAUGUUCACCCACAUAGAAUGCACCGCAAUUCGAAGCGGGACCGGAGAUCGUUCCGCCGGGCUAACCAUUACCGAGUGAGUUCCUCCGACCAGGCGGCGGAUUGGCACUGGCUUUCCCAACGCGUGUUCCUCCCUCGGUUGGCGUCGAAAAGAUCAAAGGUGUGAUUGCUGGUUCACCCUUGAUCGAGCAAUCCCCUGGCGUCAAGGCCUCGGGGAUCGUCGUCACGCUCGGUGGUCUGGUCGGCAAAUUGAGCGGAUCGCUCACGAUGCCCGUUCAAGUCAAGCCGGAGGUGGGUCGAUUCUUCAGGCCGCGUGAAUCGAGGCAACUUUUCCUGCUGUGCUGACGAAGCUUGACCCUACAAAAGGAUGUGUCAAGGGAUCCCGAGGUGGCCAAGAUCUAUGCUGCUGAUCCUCUCUGCAAGCAACAAGGAUCGUUCAGGGGACUGUCAGAUAUGCUCAAAGGGGUCCGUCGCAGCUUCGCCUUGACGAGGGCGUGCUUGCUUAUCUGACGAUGAGAACUUUAAUACCGGAAACGGUAAUACCAUCUUUGAUCUGGACAGGGUGAAGCGUUGUUGAACAAGGAUUACAAGAACUGGCCCAAGGACUUGCCUCUCUUGGUCAUCCACGGUGAAGAUGACAAGGUGAGUCCCCCCAAUAAUAGUAAUUCUCGACUAAUCAGCCGAGCUGACCCUGCGCGGGUGAAUGACUCUCUACAGGUCACUUGGUGCGAAUCGAGCAAGAAGUUCGUCGAAAAGGUCCAGAAAGCAGGCGGCAACGCCGAGUACAAGGGGUACCCAGGAUUCUACGUAAGCCUCAGCCUCGAUCGAGACGCGGGGAAGUCGAACGAGUCUGACCUGCCGCCUCUCCCAAUUUACGUAUGGGGCCACGUCACACUGACGUAG